AUGCGCAGCUCAUCCACCGAGGGUGUUGCCAAUCCAGGUCUCGGUUCCGGCAUACUCUUCUCCUACCCGCAGCUGGCCGUCAUCUCCGGUGUCCAGGGCGUCCUCGUCUAUGCCUUGGCCUCGGCCCUCCCAAUGUUCAUUUUUGCUGCUCUGGGUCCGAUCAUCCGCCGCAAGUGUCCCGAGGGCUUUGUCCUGACUGAAUGGACCCGCCAGCGCUACGGCAUCCCGGCCACCAUCUUCCUCGGCUUCGUCACGCUCGCCACACUGUUCCUGUACAUGAUGGCUGAGCUGUCUGCUAUCGGACAGGUCGUCACGGCUCUGACCGGCCUCGACGGUCUGCCUGCUGUGAUUGUUGAAUGCAUCGUCACCACGAUCUACACGGCGAUUGGUGGCUUCCACAUCUCAUUUGUCACCGACAACAUUCAAGGUGCCAUGGUGCUUGGCCUCAUUGUGAUUGCCACUAUUGCCAUCGGUGCCGAGACGCACAUUGACCGCUCUACCAUCGCCGAGUCCGGUCUGCUCAAGGGCAAUCUGCUGGGCUGGCAGCUGCUGUAUAUUCUUCCGGUGGCCAUCCUGACCAACGAUUUUUUUCUGUCCAACUUUUGGCUGCGCACGUUUGCGUCGCGCACAGACAGGGACCUCUGGAUCGGCAUUUCCAUUGCAGCUGCCGCCAUUCUGGUGAUCGCGACGCUCGUCGGCUGCACCGGCCUCGUGGCCGUGUGGUCCGGCGCUUGGCCCGGCGCCGGCCAGGACGCCUCGGACGCCGACAGCAGCACUGCUUUUUUCAAUCUGCUGCAGCUGCUACCCAACUGGGUUGUCGGCUUCGUGCUGGUCAUGUCCAUCAGCCUGUCGACGGCCUCGUUUGACUCGCUGCAGAGCGCCAUGGUGUCGUCGGCGUCCAACGACAUAUUCCGCAACCGGUUGAGUUCCAUCUACAUCCGCAUUGCCGUGGCUAUUGUCAUUGUGCCGACCGUGGUCCUUGCUCUCCGCACGCCCAGCGUGCUGCAGAUCUAUCUCAUCUCCGAUCUGGUCUCUGCCGCCAUCAUCCCCGUGCUUGUCGUUGGUCUCUCUGACCGCUGUUCUGCCUGGAACGGCACCGACGUCGUUGUUGGCGGCCUGGGCGGUCUCCUGGCCGUUUUUGCAUUUGGCGCCAUCUAUUACCAGGACGCCUACUCGGGUGCCAAGUUGCUGCUGCUUGAGCAGGGUCUCUACGAGGGCGACUGGGGUGCCUUUGGUGCCUUUGUGGCGGCGCCUAUUGGUGGCGUGCUCUUUGGCCUCGCGUCAUUUCUCCUGCGCAUGGCCUACCUCUACAUCCGCGCUCGUGCUACCGGCCGUCCCUUUGACCCUGUGAGCAAGGGCAAGCAGGCUGUGGGCACGAGCGUUGUGGAGGAACCGGUCCUGGACCCGUACGUCGGCCAGCCCGAACUCCACGACGACGAGGAAAGCUCUGUUCGCCGCAAGGGAUUUGCCAGCAGCUCUUGA